AUGUUUGCCGGCGCGAUGACGCAGCGACGGCUCGCCCGCCUGCUAGCCGUUGCCGCCGGUAUCUUCAUGCUGGUGGUCUUCGUCGCGCCGAAAGGACUGCUCGAGAGCCCCUGGAGCCCCGAAUCGUCGGACGAGAAGCUGAAGCACGAGGCGGACCGGCAGAUGGACGUGCUGACGGUGGCGGAUACCAACACGGGCAAGCGCCGCUUCGUCAUGGACCGCCUGCGCGCCACCUUCAAGCGCAACACCUGGGGCUCCGACCGCCAGCGCAAGGCCGCCGCGGGGCUGCAGGAAGCUUCCGCGGACGGCGCAGGCAGGGACGGGGGCGGGGGGGGAGACGGGGGAGGGGUUGGCGGAGGGAAGCCUCUGCCGGUUAACUUGCCGGCCGUUAAGAAGAAGAAGCGGACGGGGCCGUUUAGCCGGCGGUCGGUGCUGGAGAAAUCGGCGGAAGAGGCGCUUCAGGCGGGGCAGAUGGCGCUGCGCGAGAUGAACGCGGAGCUGGAGAGAUUAGAGACGCUGGCGCGAGAGGGGAAGAAAGACCCGCGCGCGGACGGCGCGGAUGCUGUCAAGGCGUGUCAGAGAGCUAUAGUGCUAACGGAGGGGGAUGAGGAACUCAAAAGCGGGGAUAUUAAGCUGCCGUGUGGGAUGCGCGUGGGUUCCGCGAUCACGGUAGUGGGCAUGGUCCCGUCCGCGCCUGCGGACGCGGGGCGUGGGGGGGCGGCUCCGGGGCAAGGGGGGACGGGCGCGGGGGAGGUCGUGGCAGGGGGGAGGGGGACCGGCAAUGAAGGGUCUGCUUUGUCGUUCAUGCUGGAAAUAUUGGGCCUGGUGGUGGUGAAGGGCGAGGAGGCGACCCGCAUAUACCACCUGCACGCGCACCUAACGGGCGACAGCCGUAGCAGCAGCAGCACUGGGCUCAGCAGUGUUGUGGCAGGCAGUGGGGUGAGCAGCGGCACUGGAGGCAGUGCGAGCAGCGCAGGGGUGCGCGUGAUAGAGCAGAACACGUGCUACCGCGGGCAGUGGGGCGAGUCCGUGCGGUGCGAGGGGUUUGCGUCUACAUACCACGAAGAGAGAGUGGACGGGCAGAGGCGGUGUGAGAAGUGGUCGCGGGAGAGGGCGCGCACAGAGGAGGACCAGGAGCGCAUGGACGGUGCUGAUGGCGCGGAUGGCACGCACCUGGACACGGAGAAGCUGUCAGGGUGGCAGCGACAGGUGAUGAAGCAGGCGGACAAGGAGGUGACGGAGGAGUGGCCCUUCCCCUUCCACGAGGACCGUCUCUUUGUGCUCGUCGUGAGGGCUGGCUGGGAGGGCUUCCACGUAUCAGUCGAUGGCAACCACGUGGCCUCCUUCCAGUACCGCUCCGGCAACCCACUAGAAGAAGCCACAGCAGUGGCCAUCAGCGGCGCCAUCCGCCUCAAGUCAUUCGUAGCAACAUCUCUCCCGCUCUCUCCGCCCCUCCGCACGGCGGACCUGGAGGCCAGCGAGUCGCUCAAGGCGCCUGUGGUGAGGCGGGACGCCAACGUGAGCAUGUUCAUCGGCAUCCUCUCCGCCACCAACCACUUUGCCGAGCGCACCGCUGUCAGGAAGACGUGGCUGCAGCACCCGCAGAUCCGCAGCGGGGAGGUCGUGGCAAGAUUCUUCCUGGCUCUGCACCCCAGCAUUCAAGUGAACGUGGAGGUGCACAAGGAGGCGGCCCUGUACGGCGACAUGGUGGUGCUGCCGUUUGUCGACCGCUACGACCUGGUGGUGCUCAAGACCAUCGCCAUCUGCGAGUUCGGGCUGCGCAACGUGUCGACCAACUACAUAAUGAAGGUGGACGACGACAACUUUGUACGGCUGGACGCCGUGUUUGACGAGAUCCGAUUCGCCAACCAUGCCAGCGGGCUGUACAUGGGCAACAUCAACGAGUUCCACAAGCCGUUGCGUGAAGGCAAAUGGGCCGUGUCGGAAGAGGAGUGGCCGGAGACCAACUACCCACCGUACGCCAACGGGCCGGGCUACAUCAUCACGCGGGACAUUGCCAGCUUCAUCGUGCGCAUGAAGGAGUACAAGAUGCUAAGGAUAUUCAAGAUGGAGGACGUGAGCAUGGGCAUGUGGGUGGUGCAGUACGGCAUCAACAACACCAUCCACUACAUCCACAACUGGCGCUUCUGCCAGUUCGGCUGCAUGGACGACUACCUCACCGCGCACUACCAGUCGCCGCGCCAGAUGCUCUGCAUGUGGACCAAACUGUCCAGAGGGGAGGCUCGUUGCUGUACCUAG